AUGUCCAAGACGAGGCCGCCUGAAAACCACUCGCUCUUCUUCGCCACAGUCUUGCUCACGGCCAACAACAGCGUGGGAUCAUGCCCUGCCGCAACUGCGCCGCCUUCCCGCACAACAAGCCCCCUGCCGUCUCGAACCGUCUCCCCAUCAUACCCGAUACCAACAGGCCUCACUGGCGUGCUCCCGCGGACCCGGGGCGACAAGGACUGGCCCUCCUUGAACGCGGCACUUGGCGCUGCCUACGCGGUGCUGGUUGGCUGCCGGGGCGAAAACAGCACGUCCGACGUCGAUGGCUCGGAGACCAUGCGCUGUCUGUCGGAACACGUCUCUAGAUGGCGAUUCUGCGCAAAGGGGGUCGAGAUGGGCGCCAGGCGGCGGCAGCAGCGGCAGCAGCAGCAGCAGCGUCACGGCUCCUCGUGCGCCGGUCUUGUAAAUGCGGUUUCGCUAGCUUUCGACGAUGCAUAUUUCCAUGCUUCCAGCUCGUCGCGCGCCCUCGCAGCGGCGAGUCUGCAUCAGCUUCACAUCAUCCAACCCAAGUGUCUCUCACCUCGGCACCUCGGCUCUAUCUGGCAGAACCCUUGGACAGACACAACCACUGCCCCGGCCCCCCAUAUUUCCCCGUUGAACGCCCAAACGACGUCAUCCAAUGCUUCGUUUGUUUCCGAGCCCUGUCUAUCGCUGCUUGUCCAUCUACCCCAGUCGUCCGCAAGGCCGGUUGCCAAUGGACGUGAACAACAAGGAGCUCAUCCCACUCCACCCAUCAUCAUCAUCAUCAGCAUCAGCAUCAGCAUCAGCAUCAGCAUCAGCAUCAGCAUCAGCAUCAGCAUCAGCAUCAGCAUCAGCAUCAGCAUCCUAUCAUCGCCUCCCGUACCGCCGUCAUUUCUUAUUGCAAACAUAGGGGAAGCCUUCUGCCAUCAUUUGCGCGCACACCGGGUCAAUCUGCACUUUGUCGGCUUCGGGACUCAAUAA